AGCUAGAUAACUUAGACCACCACCAUCAGGUGAUGCACUCUUUCUCUCUCACUAUUAUUAUUAGUAUAUUUGCAUUUGCAUUUUCUCUCUCUGUGUCUUUCCCCUCAGGCUCUGUAUAACUACUCUUUCUAUCCCAGCGGUCUCUCUAUUUACUGCUGCUAUUUCCAGAUUGUAGCUAUCUCUAAUUAGGGUUUUCCAAUUCAAAGAUGCGGCAAAAUUUCACUCCAAUGUCAUUCUAGCAGUAGUUUCCACUUCUUUCCACUCAAGUUUUUCGCGAAAAGUGCUCUAUUCUUUUGUACAGUCAAUUUAACAAGUUGUUAUUCGAACAAUUCAGACUGAAAAAAGAGGAAUUUGGAGCUUUCGCCAUGACCUCUGAUGGUUUUCACCUGUAAUUUGGGGAUAGAGAAGCAGUUGACCUCAUAAGAAAUGGCGGCUGAAUCGAACUUGGGGUUUCAUCAACAGCAAGCUUGGUCUUUUCAGUCCGGAGUUUCGCCAGAGAUGAUGCCGAUUGGUAAUUUGUAUGGUCAUCACGGAGUGAAUGUAAAUAUAUGUAAUAACAGCGGUACUAGUGGUGUAGGGGGAGGUGGAGGAGGAGGAGUGUUGUUUUCUGGGAAUCAAAAUACAAUUACCAGCAGUAACAAUAGUCCCGGGAUUAGUCAGGCGGGAACAUCUUCGCCUUCCUUUCUUAUUGACACUGUCCCCGGGCUUAAGCAUGAUACUGGAUUGGCAGUGGAUUGGUCUGUCGAAGAACAGCACAUGUUGGAGGAAGGACUUGGCAAAUUUUCCAAUGAACCAAGUAUCAUGAAGUACAUUAAAAUUGCAGCCACAUUACGUGAAAAAACAGUACGUGAUGUUGCAAUGAGGUGUAGGUGGAUAAUGAGAAAGCGGAGGAAACAUGAGGACACUAAUAUGGGGAAAAAAGUGAAAGACAGGAAGGAAAAAGCAGCUGAAUCAUCCUUGAAGAAUGGUAAAACUUCAGCUUCCCCGUCAAGCUUGGGUACAUAUUCUCUAGCUGUAGGUGAUCGUGACCGCAGUAACUGCAUGAAUCCUGGAGCAUUACUAGGAACAAGGAAUCUUUUGGAAGAAAAUAAUCAGGCUCUUGAUCAAAUUUCAACGAACCUGUCAACCUAUAAGUUGCAGGAUAACAUCGAUCUCUUCUUUCGUACAAAAAACAACAUCACUGCAAUCCUGAAUGAAAUGGGAAAUAUGCCUGGGGUUAUGAGCCACAUGCCACCACUUCCUGUGUUUCUUGACGAAGAACUUGCCAGUAGUGUUUUGCUAAAUCCAACUCAGUCUAUGAUGUUUGGCUCAUCAAGAGGGAUCCAGCUUAAACAGGAACCUGGAUGUUGACAAGAAAAUUCUCAUUUCUUGGUGCUGAGUUGGAUUAUUGGUGAUUGUAAGUAGAUCAUUUUUUCCAUGGAGUUGUAAAUGGAUAUAAGAAGCUGGGUGGUGUUUCAAGCUUUUGUACACAACGCAAGUUGGUGGACCCCAGUUCAAGAAUUACAUUACAGAAACUAUUUGGGGAAAGCUGGUGUAUUUGGUGUAGCAGAGAGAGAUGAGGCCGAUCGCCAGACAAUAAUCACCUCAGUUUUAUGAUGAACAUCCCAGUCUAUUUAAUCAGGACUGCAUUGCAUUCUAGAAUUGAAAGCCCAAAUAUGAUGAUGAGCUGUAGUUUUUUUUGGGUGUGUAAAUCUGACUAAUGGAAGUCUGGAGUCCUUAGGGUUUGUUUAUUAUGUCCAUUUUCCUUUGCAGCUAUUAGCAUUUCAAGAUCAGUUUGUUGUUCGUGGGUAAGGCCACAAACAACAUCAUUUCUUUGUAAGAAUGUUACCAAUCAAUAAAUAAAUAAAACCACUCAUCUUCAUAAAGCUU